GUGGCGUCUGUUGAAUUUAGUACCCCUGUGUCUGUGAGAAAGACUAGAAGAACUAAAUCAAUUCAUAAGCCAGAGGUAAUUCAGGAAUCUCAGUUUGAAGAGCUGGAGCACACAGAAACAAAGUCAGAUGUCAGUGAUACCUUAGAGAUGCAAGCUAGAAAUGACAACACAACUGUUCCUUCAGCACAAUCACUUGCUGAACCACAGGCUGAUGGGGAUGUGUCGGAAGCAGAAUCAAACUGCUCUGCUGUGUCUGGUCUUCAGACACCUUUGUUUGUAAGAGUAACAAGAAGACGACAAAUUGUAGUUCCUUAUCAACUGGAUUCUCCUGACAAAAAAAGACAGAACAAGACAUCUUUUCUAAAUAAGUUAAGCAAGAUUCUGGAUGAAGAUGAUGUCUCUGAAGCCGAGUCUUGUUCCUCUGCUAUUUCUGGUGUCCAGAUGCCUAAUCUUACCAGAAUGACAAGAAGCAGGCAAAGCAAGAAGAAAUGGCAGCCAGAUACAGUUCACAAAGGCCAGAGUGAAGAUAUUUCUGAUGCAGAGUCAAGCUGCUUAAGUUCUCAUAUGGAACCUUCCAUCACUACCAGAAGAAUUACUAGGAGCAUGCAAAUGAAAUCACAAGCAGAAAAUACUAAGCAGACUGAGAAAGGAAACAGAAUUGUUUCAGAAAAUGAGAGUUUAAUAGAGGACACUGUGAAAUCUGAGCCAGUAACAAUUUCUGUUUCUAGACCUGCUGCAGAACUUCUCUCUGACACAGAGGAUGCUUCCUCUGUGACCCAGGAUAAUAAAGAACCCAAUUCACCUAGAAGCAAGUGUUCUUCAGAAUCUGCCAACACCAGCCAGAAUGAAGAGGUGGAAGAAGAGGUUAUGAAUGAUGUGACACCCAGCAGUCUUAGAAAAAUGAAACAAAGUGACAUUGAAUCGCCUGGGAAAAAAGAAAAAAAAAAUACAUGGUCUGUUGGGGUAGAUGAUUCGAAGGAAGCAUGUGGCCAAAUAGAAAAAGAACACAGUAAAAUACUUGUGAGUGAGAGGAACUUAAAGCGUGUGGGUCUUUAUUUGACUGAUUGCAUGAGUCCCAAACAAUAUUUAGAAUCCCAAGGGCAAAUAACACCAAAUGAAAGUAAAAAAAAUCCAGAACACAAAAGAGCAGAUUCUGAGGCAGAUGCACAGCAGUCUUGUGCCCAUGCUGAUAAAUUAAAGGCUGAGCAAGCUGCUGCAGUGAGCAGCCCACAACAGGACAUAGUUGUUGCACAAAGAACUUGUAGCGUUGACAGAAGCAGGAUACUUGAAAUCAGCAUGGACUGUGGUGAAGACCAAGCAGGAGAAUGUGCUGAAUCUGUAUCCCACAGCAGUGGGAGAUCAAGCACUGAAAAUGAUUCUGCUGCAUUGUUUCCUAGCAAAGAUGAACAUGAUGAACCUGAAAAUAGCAAUAUGGUGAACACAGAUAGAGUUGAAGAGAAUCUGUGUUACCGAGAGACAGAUGGGAGGACUCCUUCCCUCAAGAAAUCUUUAAAAAACCAUUCAUUGCAUGCUGAAGGGCUUUUUGUAAUUGAUACUGAGCCUGGCAUGAGUUCCAGCCGAAAGUAUUAUCUGGAUCAGGUAGACCAAGAUAGUGAUGAUGAAAGUAAGCAUGAAGGAAGCGAAAAAGGUAAAGAAUCUUCAGAUUUGGAAGAGACUGGAGAGGAAUUGAUAGAUGAAGAUGAGAAAGAUGAAGAUGACUUGUUGAAAAAUAAGAUUGAUGUUUUACAUCUUUCCAGCAGCAUAGACCCUGGUUUGAAUAUCAAGAAGCUUGGAGGUUUAUAUAUUAGUUUUGAUGCAAAAAAACAGAAGCCUAGUUCAAGUGUAAUUAAACAACUGAAGGAGAAAAAGAAGGACCCGCUCUUGCAGAAGAGUGUAAUAACUCCAGAUUUUGAAAAAAAGGAAUGUGUCCCACCCUUCAGGGAAUCACUUCACCAGCUAAAGAAACAGCGCAGGGCAGAGCGAGAGAAAACAACGGGUGAUGGUUGGUUUGGUAUGAAAGCCCCAGAAAUCACAAGUGAACUGAAAAAUGAUCUUAAAGUUUUGAAGAUGAGAGCUUCAUUGGACCCUAAGCAUUUUUAUAAGAAGAAUGAUAGAGAUGGUCUGCCCAAGUACUUCCAGGUUGGAACUGUGGUUGAUUCUCCCAUAGACUUUUACCAUAGUCGAAUCCCUAAGAAACAAAGGAAGAGAACAAUUGUUGAAGAGCUGCUUGCAGAUUCUGAGUUCAGAAGAUAUAAUAAAAAGAAGUAUCAGGAGAUCAUGAGUGAAAAAGCAGCUUUUGCAGCAGGGAAGAGGAAUCGGAAGAAGAAGAAAUUUCACAAUUAA